GUCUGGGUGUUGUGUCUUGUACUGCUCAGUCUCGCGCUUCCUCCCCUCCAGGCAGAAUGUCGGACCCGUGCUCCUUCUCCUCCGUUUCCCACUUUCUCACCCGGCACCUGAACCUCACGCUCUACGUAGACUUCUCCCGCCAUGUGAUCAGAGGAGUCCUCGCGCUGACCGUGGAGGCUCUGCAGGACCGGCUGCACGCGCUGACUCUGGACUCCAGGGACCUGCAGAUCCUCUCUGUGAAAGCUAACGGGCAAGCGGCGCGCUUUACGACGGGCCCUAAACACACCUUUAAAGGGGCCCCUCUGGAGAUCGCUUUGCCCUUCGACCUUUCCAGAGGGCAACAUGUGAUCGUGGAGGUGACCUAUGAGACGUCACCGACGGCAACCGCAUUGCAGUGGCUCUCACCUGAGCAGACGGCCGGGAAGAAAAAACCCUACCUGUUCAGUCAGUGUCAGGCACAUCACUGCAGGAGUAUGAUUCCCUGUCAGGACACUCCGUCUGUCAAACACACCUACUACGCUCAGGUGUCUGUCCCUAAAGAUCUGGUUGCAGUAAUGAGUGCGGUGAGAGACGGACAGGAAGUAGAUCCUCAGGACAAAGAUCGUAUCAUCUACAGGUUCAGGCAGCCGGUGCCCAUGCCCUCCUACCUGAUUGCGAUCGUGGUCGGAGCGCUGGAGAGCCGGGAGAUCGGGCCGCGCUCCAGAGUCUGGUCUGAGAAAGAGCUGGUGGAUAAAGCGGCGUUUGAGUUUUCUGAGACAGAGGACAUGUUGAAGACUGCAGAGGAUCUGGUCGGCCCCUACGUUUGGGGUCAGUACGACAUCCUGGUUCUCCCUCCAUCCUUCCCCUACGGAGGCAUGGAGAACCCCUGCCUCACCUUCGCCACCCCUACCCUGCUGGCAGGAGACAAGUCUCUGUCCAACGUGAUUGCUCAUGAGAUCUCCCACAGCUGGACCGGGAACCUGGUGACCAACAAGACCUGGGAACACUUCUGGCUGAACGAGGGCCACACAGUUUACCUGGAGAGGAUGAUUGGCAGGUCGAUGGAGGGAGAGCACUUCAGACAGUUCAAAGCUGCCGGGGGCUGGAAGGAGCUGCAGGACUCAGUGAACACCUUUGGAGCUAACAACCCCCUCACUAACUUGGUCCCGAGUCUUCAGGACGUUGACCCGGACGAUGCCUUCUCUUCUGUACCCUACGAGAAGGGCUUCGCUCUGCUGUAUCACCUGGAGGAGCUGCUGGGGGGGCCAGAGGUGUUCAUGGGCUUUGUAAAGUCGUACAUCCAGAUGUUUGCAUACGGCGGCGCCACCACCGACGAGUGGAAGAACUACCUGUUCACCUACUUCAAGGACAAGGUGGACGUCCUGAACAAGGUAGACUGGGACGCCUGGAUGUUCACCCCGGGGAUGCCUCCGGUCAAACCUGAGUACGACACCACGCUGGCCGACGCCUGCAUCGCCCUGAGCCAGAGGUGGAUAAAGGCCGCGGAGCAGGACCUGAGCAGCUUUAAGGAGUCUGAUGUGAAGGCGCUGUCAUCUCAUCAGGUCAUCGAGUUCCUGUCUCUGCUGCUUCAGGAGGCGGCUCUGCCUCUGACUCAUGUGAGGAAGAUGCAGGAAGUUUACGAUCUCAACGCUAGCAAGAACGCUGAGAUCCGCUUCAGGUGGCUGCGCCUUUGUGUGCGCUCGCGGUGGGAGGAGGCUGUUCCCAUGGCAAUGAAGAUGGCGACAGAUCAGGGCCGGAUGAAGUUCACCCGCCCGCUGUUCAGAGAGGUGUUUAACUUCGAGAAGUUUCGUGACGAAGCGGUCUGCAUGUUCAAGUCUCACCGCGGCGCCAUGCACGCCGUCACUGCCGGACUCGUCGCCAAAGACCUGAAGAUCGACACAAGCAGCAGCCUGUAAAGCUAGCAGAUAUUUGAAUACCUUAUAAACUAAUAUUCCCGCAGAAAUGUCUUUUAAUGCUUUCCGGCCACUUUGAUGCUUUCCUCAUUUACAUUAUAAAAUCUUUAGGGAUGUCGGGAUAAAUAUCGAUAGUUGUAAUAAUGAAGUAAAAUAUUGACUCAAAGCACGUUAAAAUAUCUUCUAAGUGGGCCCGGCCGUGGCACAACUGGUUGGGGCACCGUACGCCGGCGACCCGGAUUGAUUCUCGACCCGUGGUCCUUUCCGGAUCCCACCCAGACUCUUUCUCCCACUUUCCUGUCACUCUCCUAUCCGAUUAAAGGCAAAAAGCCCCAAAAAAUAACUUUAAAAAAUAUAUAUCUUCUAAAUAAUAAAGAGAGGAUGCAGGAAUCAAGACGCUUCAGAUUUCAAAACUUCUUCAAGUCUCACGGUUAUGAAACCCAACGUUGAGAAAGGAGAGACAUUACAAAACAUCGAGUUUCAAAAACAAAAUGUUUUGAAACUGCGGUUAUUGCAGUUGGUUUACCAGCACGCUUUUUUGUCUGUAAUAAAAAAGAAGAACAAAUAAAAAUGGCUUCAGUGAA